CUUAUCUGUUGGCUUGUGGUUCCUUUCAGGGCUUGAGCCACACAGCCGACAUGCAGACGAGGGAAGUGCUCAUGAAGCUGUCUGGAAGGAUAGAGUGUGAAGGGCCCAAUCGCCACCUCUAUGACUUCACCGGCACCUUGCACUUGGAUGGGAAGAGCUCCGUUGCCCUUGGGCCUGACCAGCUCUUACUGAGAGGCACCCAGCUCAGGAACACGCAGUGGGUGUUUGGCGUUGUUGUAUACACCGGCCAUGACACCAAACUCAUGCAGAAUUCAACAAAAGCGCCUCUCAAGAGGUCAAACGUUGAGAAGGUAACUAAUGUGCAGAUCCUGGUGCUGUUUGGCAUCCUCCUGGUUAUGGCGCUGGUGAGCUCGGUGGGGGCCCUGUUCUGGAACAGGUCUCAUGGCGGAAAGAGCUGGUACAUCAAGAAGAUGGACACGAGCUCAGAUAAUUUUGGCUACAACUUGCUGACGUUUAUCAUCUUGUACAACAAUCUGAUUCCCAUCAGCCUGCUGGUGACACUGGAGGUUGUGAAAUACACACAAGCCCUCUUCAUCAACUGGGACACAGAUAUGUAUUAUAUUGAAAAUGACACUCCUGCAAUGGCCAGGACAUCAAACCUUAACGAAGAGCUUGGGCAGGUAAAAUACUUGUUUUCUGACAAGACUGGGACUCUCACGUGUAACAUCAUGAACUUCAAGAAGUGUAGCAUUGCCGGCGUAACCUACGGCCACUUCCCAGAACUAGCCAGAGAGCCGUCCUCAGACGACUUCUGCCGGAUGGCUGCUUGCCCCAGUGACUCGUGCGACUUUAAUGACCCCAGGCUGUUAAAGAACAUCGAGGACCAACAUCCCACAGCCCCUUGCAUACAAGAGUUCCUGACCCUGCUGGCUGUGUGUCACACCGUCGUCCCCGAGAAGGAUGGAGAUGAAAUCAUCUACCAGGCUUCCUCACCAGACGAAGCUGCUUUGGUCAAAGGCGCUAAGAAGCUUGGUUUCGUGUUUACCGGCAGGACUCCGUACUCGGUCAUCAUCGAGGCGAUGGGACAAGAACAGACAUUCGGAAUCCUCAAUGUUCUGGAAUUUUCUAGUGAUAGAAAAAGAAUGUCUGUCAUUGUUCGAACACCAUCAGGACAACUUCGACUCUACUGCAAGGGAGCCGAUAAUGUAAUCUUUGAAAGACUCUCAAAAGACUCAAAGUACAUGGAGGAGACGUUAUGCCACCUGGAAUACUUUGCCACAGAAGGCCUGCGGACUCUGUGUGUGGCCUAUGCAGACCUCACUGAGGCUGCGUAUGAGGAGUGGCUGAAAGUCUAUCAAGAGGCCAGCAUCAUCCUGAAGGACAGAGCCCAGAGGCUGGAAGAGUGUUAUGAGAUCAUCGAGAAGGUGACUGUAGCCUGUGUCAAGUUGACAAAGAUUGAACAUGACCCCCCUGACCCCCGAACCAUGGAAUGA